CAUGUAUAAAAGAGGCAAAGGUGUAGUAGCUCCUCCCAAGGAAUUCUCCUAAGGUAGAACAUACUGGUAGAAGAGAACAAUAUGCCUAAACACACUUUUGCACUCAGCGUCAUCCUUUUAAUUCUUCUCUUCAAUGCAUCUGCAGGCCAAACCAUAGUAGUUGGAAAUGAUAAUGCUAUUACUGCAAAGUUGAUAAUGGGUCACAGCAGAAAGAUUCUUACAGAGGUUCAGGAUUAUGAUUAUGGAGGGGCAAACUCUAGGCAUGAUCCUCGCAGAAGGCCGGGGAUUGGGGGCAGGAAUGGCUAGACCACUAAGCUCCUCAUUACAUUAUCUGCAUAUGAUCAUGUGAAGAUGCUACUACAUGAGUGGGGUUAUAUGAGGGGGGUAGCCUCUUACUGCAGCUAACCUACUACAUAAAUAUUUGAAAUCCCUGUUGUGUGUCUUUUAGAUAUCCAAUUGGAUCAAUGAGCCAUAUACAAACUCUUAUCUGAUAAACAGUCUAGCAGGAUGAAGUUGAGACUAGCUUAUAUUAAAUGAACAUGUGUCAUCUUUUUGGACACCCAACUAUGUGUGCUGCUAAAGCAUACGUGAGGCAGUGGAUAAUCUAUGAGCCAUUUUAUGAGGUCAAA